CAUCUGAAUCGGUAUAGUGAUCAAAGUACACAUAUUUACUAUCACACAAUAUGGCUCAAGGUGCAGCCCAGCAAGGCAUGUUCAGUCACGGAGCGGCGCCUAAAGUAGACUUAUUCUUUAAGUGUACUAGCUUACUGGAUAUGGACACCUUUUCAAAGUCUGAUCCACAAGUGUGGGUGUACAUGUCCAAAGAUGGCCAGCAAAAGAAUGAGAAACUGGUCGGCAAAACUGAAAUUAUAUGGGACAAUCUAAAUCCAG